CUAUUUUUUUGUGUUCGGGUUUCAGGUUUUCACAUCUGAUGCAAAAUGUAAGCUUUAAUGAUGAGUGACGGGUCAGAUAGCAGUGAUACAGGGAAUUUAAGGGAAAUAAAGUUCUUAUCAACAAUAGGAGCUAAAGACUUACUAAAGCUCGGACAUGUAUCAAAGAGCGGGUGGCUGAAGAGGAAGACACAGCGUGGAUCACAGCGACUGUCGAUUGGCGCUAUUGCAUGGAGGACCUUGUACUGCUGUAUAGCAGAGGAGUGUAUGUACCACUUUGAAUCAAAUACAUCGAAGAAUCCGAAGACAGCUUUUCCACUUACAGGGUAUAACAGGCUGUGUCGGCUAGAUAAUCAACAGCGAGACCAUUGUUUCGAGAUACAGCCCCCAUUAGGAGACAACUUGCUGAAGACGUAUAUGUUCUCAUGUGCCAAUGCUGAUGACAUGCUGGACUGGAUGAGGAGUAUAUACGAUGCUCUGCUUGUAGGAAAUUACCAGUUGCCUCCCGAUAAACACGUGCUAAUCAAGUUUGGACACUCGGAGACAGAGAAGCCUGUUUUGAUGGAAAGUCCAACCAGCGGAUACACCAACAUAGACAAGUUAAAGGAGGAUAAGACAAAGAAAACAAAACCGAAAGUUGACCGCUACAAUCCCUGGGGACAAAUAUUCGAUGGGUCCACUCCAAAGGAAACGUCUGGUGGAAAAAUGAAUAAAGAAACGAAGCAGAAGAAGGAGCCUACGAUGGAAAGUGAUGAGCACGUGUAUGUAAAUGAGGCUGAAACAAGACAUUAUGUCAAUCAACGUGGAACUGUGGAUGAUGAGGAAGAAGGCGACGAUGAGGUUGCGGAGGAGGAGGAGGAGGAGGAGACAGAGAUGGAGGACUACCUGUUUGAUAGUUCUGACGGCAACGCUGCCCGAGCGCAUCUGAAGGACAAAGUGAUACAGACGUUCCUGGUACGCAACUCGAGGGAACCAGGGAGGAAGAUUUUGGUGGUUAAAAGAAGGGAUGAAUGCAAACAACACGUCAUUAACAUAAGGGAGGACAUUUAUUGCAUAGAGGCAGCAGCCCAGUUCAGAAGCCUGAAUGAACUAAUUGAAUAUUACAAAAAUAAUGAGUUAUGUGGUUCUUGUAUUGGCAACGGCUACAAAUUCUACGAAUGUUGAGUGAUAGACUUCAUAAAGAAACAUUAUUGGGUUCUUGUCUUGGUCACGAGUAUUCGUAAACGAGGAUUGUUGUAUUUGCCUCGACAACGAAUACUCAUUUUAUAAUAAUGGACUAUACAGUGUUAUACAUUUGUACUUUUCGGGACAUAUUCUGCUGUGAGCCUGGUGAAAUGGGCUGUUUUUUACAUACAUAUGUAAACAAAUGUACACAUGCAGAUAAUGUGUUUUUUUAAAUUUCCCAUGGUGCAAUCGAAUUUUAUAUCCCUGUAAAUACGAUAGUAUUUCCCAUUUUAUAUCUGCGAUGAGUAUUUAGAUGAUUGACACAUUUACAUCACCAUACUUGUUAGCAACCAAUUUACGUACCUUAACACUCAAAUCAUGACCGCGGAUACUAUGCGAAUUUUCAGUCUCUUAAAGUAAACACUGGUGCUUUUAUCUUAAAAUAUUUCAAUAAUCUUUUGGAAUGUUUUAAAAGUUUCCGUUAAAAGGGCAUUCCUUCGUUUGAAUACAGUUUAGAUCGUCAAAAUUAAACUUACUGGAAAAUAUAUAUUUUAUCCAAGUAGUAAAAGUUAUAGUCUUUAAGUUAAUAAGGCAGUUUUACUAUCAAUAAAAACCGAAGUUCUUCGAGUAUUAAGUCCUGACAAUUCUUAAUUCGACCCGAAGUAUCAGUUAUUACCCCAAAGACUUACAGUAUUUGCAUACGAAACGCCUUUUUCUUGUAGGCACAAACACCAUAUAAUAAUCGUUCGGAUAUAGAUUUCACCAAUAAAAGUUGUGCUUGUUUCUGAUGUCCGAAAGAAGGAAUGCCCCUUUAAAGUUCCUUAUCGUUUCCGCAGAUUUUGAUAAUUUAUCGCUACCCAUAACUACAUUGUUUGUCGACAUGUACAUGUUUCCAGGAUGCAAAAUACGUGCGUAGAUCUAUAUUGAUUUGUGUUUUUUCACAGAUGAGUAUGAACAAUGGUAUUAUCAUUGUCUACUGUUGUGUUGUGUAUAGCACUAUUGUAACAUAGUCUAAGAUGUUACUUUAUGGGAGUACUUUGCUAAAGCCCACUCUAUGCUUUUAUAUGAUAUGGGUGUGGUUAUAGUCUUAACUUGUGUUGUUACAUAUUUAUUUUGAAAACGUAUUCCAUUAACUGCUAUAAAAGUACUAUAAUUGAUGUAUUGUCCUUUUAGAGUAUAAUUGUCGCUAGUGUUUCUGUAUUCUAUAAAAUAGAAUUUACAUAGUGAUAGUUAUAGUACAUUAUCAUACAGAAUAUAAACAAAUAAAAACAAUAAAGGUC